GGCUAACAAAAGAGAGCUUCCUUUCGGCCUUUCUAACCAGCUCAAGCCCGGAUCCGUCUUAACCCACCAAGAUCGAUCGGUCCUUUGCACGAGCCAGGAGACACACCGCGACCGUCCACCACGCCUGGGACGGACAAACGAACCGGCAGCCUGCCGUUCGGCGCAAACAAACCCCCUCCCCUUCCCUCGGCCGCGCGCCACGCGGACGGCGACGGAUUCGAUAACACCUGGCACACGUCGCCGCACAGGGUUGCGACAGCCACGGAGAACGAUGCCGUCAGACGACUACGCGGGCUUCGUUCCCGGAGCGCUCAAGCUCAAAGGCGCCAAGGUCACAAAGUCCAAGAAGAAGAAAAGCAAGGCCAGCAGCAGAGAAGCAGAACAAGCAAUCAGUAACGCUGUGGCCGUGGUGGGCACAGAUGAUGAUGAUGAUGCAGGUCGGGGAAAGAAGCAGCGGGUGCAAAGGUCGCGGUCGCCUGGAGACAGCAGCAGAGAGCGCAGGCGCGACGACGACGACGAUGACGACAACAAAGAUCAUGACAGGGCCGAGUCCUCGGGAACAAGGUACAGGACCAAGGCCGAACAAGCACGCGAGGAGGCACAGCGUCGGCGGAUGCUGCAGAUGAUGGAGUCUGGCAAGGCGAAGCCAGAGCUCCUGAAGACGCACAAGGAGCGCGUCGAGGAGCUCAACACGUACUUGUCACGGCUCAGUGAGCAUCAUGACAUGCCAAAGAUUGGGCCUGGCUGAGAGACGACAUGGGAAAGAGUGUUCGGAGAAGCAGGCCAUUGGAGGAAACACCACAGCUCAGACUUGAUUGCGGAUCUCUGGAGGCAGAGAGUCGAAUGGUGAUGGUUACUGCCGCAGUCAUACGA